UUGUGGUAAGCCGCUGACCGGUACUUUUUGUAUGACGGUGACUGUAACCAAGCAAGGUUAUUAGACAACGUUAUUGACGAUCGUUUCAGUGGAGAGCGCGGCAUAACGUUUGACCAAUCGAAGCGGCUAUUUGAUCAGUGCGGAACGCUGAUUCCAGUAGGGACAGUCAUAUGUUCAGUAUGCCGAAAACGACUAGACGAGUUAGAGAUGUCCCAAGCUUGCAGAUCGCCGUGCCCUGCAAACGACUUGGAAAGUUCAGCUGAUACAUCAACUGGACCCCACCCAUGUCAUGAGCAGAGCGCAUCUGAGAAAUUUGCAAGAUGCAAUUUGCCUGAUAACGAUGUCUCUGAUCCCGGGGACAUCAGCGGCGCCCUUCAGUGUUUAAUGUUGGAAGAAAACGUUAGUCUUUAUGACCCUUGCGAUGAAAUUGAAGAGGAGAAUCCGGAAGACACUGUUCAUAUAAGCCAGGACUCAAAGAGAUACUUAUUGAACACUUUUCUUGAAAGUUCCAACAUUUGUAAAGUACGUGCGUCAAAGAAAGGAUGGGGAGAAGCCAAUGCAAAUACAAGAAGAUCACGAGCAAAAGUUGCGAGCGAGGCUAUUGUUGCGGCUCUCGAAGUAAUUUCUCCUGGGGAUGCAGUACCAUUGUUGCAAGCACUCCAGCAGUCCUCACUUGUAGAAAAGACACUUGGCCUGGAUGAGUCGACAGCAGAUAAGAAAUAUCUCAAUGCACUAGUAGAGACAUUCCGAAAUGCCAUGUCGUGGGAUACAAGGCGUCAGGCAUUAUCUCUGAUGGCCGACCUUGUCCCGUUCAAAGUUAUCGAAAGACACAUACCGGGGAUCUCCGAAUACAGAGUAAAGGCUGCAAGACGACAUGCACGUGUUGUUGGCAGAAGGGUACCCGUUCCUUCGUCACAGAGCCCACGCAUGCGCAUUGACCUAAGCAAACUCGACCACUCCUUGUCUUUAAUAACAAGCAACCAAGUGGUACAAGACCUUUCUUUCGGAAAGAAAUAUCUCAAGUUGUCUAAUGGUGACGUGCUAGAAACCCCAAUAUGCUAUACGCACCAUGAUAUCAGAGAAAAUCGUCCAGUAAUACACCCAGUAUUGCAAGGAAACGGGUGUUCAGCCGUUCGGCCGAACCACCAUGCGCAAAAUACCUACUGCGUGUAGCGCAACAUCACGGAAAUCCCUACAAGGCAUUGAUUACCUUGCAGCGAAGGCGCAAAGGGCUUUGAUACUCUCAGUGAAGUAGCCAAGCAACUGGAGGAUUGUGGUGCUCUCUCAGGGAUGUCUCAAACCUGUGGCGCCAUUCACUUCAAGAUAUGAAGCAAUAUCUCAAGAUAGAUUUUAAGGUAAUUGUGCAGUUGGAACCGCUAGGCACGUCGAAAUGAACUCUGAGCUGUGAGCAUGAACAUGAUCAGACUUGUAACAAAUGCGAGGCUUUGAAGAUUCUUAUUUCAGACAUGCGAUGUCUAAUAGAGGGAGAUACCGCAGACAGUGCUUUAUCGGAAGAUGCACUCGAUGAUAUGCGCUACAGGGUAGAGCAAGCUGUGAAAGACAUCAAGUUCUGGAAGGCUCACCAACUAAGAAGCGUGAGGCAGGAUUUAGCCAGGACAGACGUCGUCGACAAGCUAGACUCUUCGUCUGUUCUCAUUACUAUGGACUGGACAAUGAAACUGUUGCCUCAGAAGUAUCGAAAGUCACAAGCUGACUGGUUUGCAAAGCGUGGAAUGUCGUGGCACAUGUGUAGUGGCUAGACGGAUUGAAGAAAACUUCCAAACCCAGACAUUUGUACAUAUUCUGGAAAACUGCAGCCAAGACACUCCCGUUGUUUUCCGCAUCAUCGAACACGUUUUUCAGACCCUCAAACAAGAUAACCCCGGGAUAAACACUGCCUUCCUCAGGUCGGAUAAUGCGGGCUGCUACCAUAGUGCAGCCAACAAGUAAUUUUCAUAUGCCAAUCCUCCUUUUCCAUCUACGAAAUAUUGCAAAAAAUUGAAAGUUUAUUUCCUUUAAUCACUGCGAGAUUCCUCUACACGCUUUUAUUACUUUUAAACUAGACAAUUGUAACCCUAUUCUCACUGGCCUUGAUCGAAAGCAAAUCUCUAAACUACAAUAUGUUCAGAAUUCUGCGGCGCGACUUAUUACAGGAACCUGCAACGUCACUCCUGUUCUGCGUACCUUACACCGGCUACCCAUCAGAGAAAGAAUAGAUUUUAAACUCCUUCUUUUAACUUUUAAAUCACUAAAUGAAACCGCUCCAGACUAUAUGAAAGACCUUUUAUCUCCUUAUAAACCAAAGCGCAGUCUUCGUUCUUCAAAUAAGUCUCUUUUAGUACAGCCCUCUUUUAAACUUAAACAAAGGCUGAACUGUAGAAUAACUUGUAUUUCCCACUUAUUGAUGCUUAAAGGUAGACAGUUACCUAAAAAAAAGCCCGUCCAAGGUUUUUCAUUUUUUUUACAAAACACGCGCGAAGUUGUUGUUUUGCCAUUGCAAACUGUCUCGCGUUUUGCUCGGUCAAAGCCGGGAUUAUGACGUCAUAAUCUUGGUACAGCUUCUCAAAAUUGUUUUAAAACGAUAGCAACUUCGUUUUAAAAUGACGGCAAGCUCGUCAAAAAGACCGGGCAGUACUUGCGCAGACAUGGGCUGCUCCAACAACCACUAUACAACACGUGUCAAAACAUGCAUCUCCAAAAUACCCGGAAAUUAGGAAAAUAUGGGCCCGAUUCGUCGGGACUAAGCGAAAGGAGUUCUCCAUCGGAAGCGCCACCGCUCUUUGUUCGAGCCAUUUCGCCGAUGAAUGAUUCAAGCGAGCAAACCUGAAUCUCGCUGAUGCUAAGGCCCCGAAAUUCAAAACGAGUUUAAAGACGGGACCUCUUCCUUUACCUCUUCCUACACUGCAUCGGGAAAGAAAAGAGAACAUAACGGAAAAAGCUCGCAAGGGACCGCAUUUAAGUAUACAAUGCAUAUUUACGACAAUUACGCUGUGACAGACUGUGGGAGUCACAGCAAGUUUUGAGGUUAUGUUGUUUAUGUUACUAUAGAUGCUAUUUUAAUAUAAGUUAAAGAAUGUAACAAAACAGAA